UGUACACAUUGCUAACCAUGCGAACAAUAUCAAUAUGAAAUAGACUUGCCUGGUUUAUAGGUUGGCCAGGGCUACGGAUAUGUAUUGUAUUUUGCCAUCGGAAUGUUUCUAUAAAAUGCUUCUUCCCCUUCCGUUUGGAUCCGUCAAUGUUUACAAACACGGAACUGUUUAAUAACUGUAAUUUGACACACGCUCCGUAUUCAUAUCGUUUAUUUUAUGGAGAUGAAUAAUUUGAACAGACCUAGAUCUAGAUGUUUCAAUAGGAAUGUGAAAUGUUUUGGAGUUUUUGUAAGUGUAAGUUUAAUUUGUUUAUGGAUGUAUUUGCAACCACAUAGGCUGUCUGAAAGAGAACUUAAACCAUGCAAAUUACAGACUCUGGAUCCGUGGGACAGCUCUCUUAAGCCUUACUUUGUUACACCUCCGCCGCUGAAGUGCUCGAACAGGGAACAGUUGAUGUUCAUGAACAAGGAUGGGUAUUUACUAUUCAAUAACACAGUGUUAGAGAAGUAUAAAUUGGCAAACAAAUCUCUCAGCUGUGUGUACAGCCCUUUGAAGCGGGAUGGCGGAGAUAAACGAGUAGGGUUCGAAGGGGAAGUGAAUUUUAUGGCGCCAGCGUUCAUUAAACGUCACGUAUUUCGCGUAAGCUGUUCAAACGCAACUAAACAUUUGGUAUAUGAUUAUCUUCACUUUAACCCAGUUUGGAAUGAAGACGCCAGAAGUGCUAACCAAAUAGAAAAUGAAAGUGAAAAUAGGCUCAGUGUUAUAAUAUUUGGAAUAGACUCGGUUUCGCGGUCACAUGCGUUACGGAAUCUUCCGAAAUCUUACAAAUUUCUUCUGGAUGAAUUCGACGCUUAUGACUUCGAAGGUUACAGCAAAGUUGGUGAAAACACAUGGCCUAAUUUUGUACCACUUUUAACAGGCCAGUCUCACAAAAGUUUCCCAUUAAUUCAGCAUUUUGGAAAACAUAUAGAUUCCAUGCCUUUUGUUUGGAACGAGAAAGUCGUGCAGCAUUUUGCUACAUUCUUAUCGGAAGAUCGACCAGAAAUUUCAGCAUUUAGUUAUGGUAAAGGUGGAUUUAAGCAUCAACCUACAGAUUAUUAUUUUCGCCCAUAUACGUUAGGGAUGCAUGAAUUCGAGCCAAAAGUGAUUGAUUUCUUAGGAAAAGCAUCUUGGGAUUGUUACGGUGUGAAUAAUUAUUUUGAUAUAGAAAUUGAGUAUUUAAAGGGCUUUCUAAGAAGAUACCAAAGCAAGCGAAAGUAUGUUUUAUUCUGGAACAAUCAGGUCAGUCAUGAAGAGUUCACAACACUGAGUCGAGGGGACCAGCCCUUCCUUGAAUUUCUAACUUGGUUGAAGAACACGAAACAAACCGAAAAUGCAAUAUUUAUCGUUCUGAGUGACCAUGGCUACCGUAUAGGCGGGGCUUCGUUGACUCACGUGGGGAGAGCUGAAAAUAACAAACCGUGGCUUAUGGUUCACGUGCCAAAAUUUCUAAAGGAAAAGUACAAGUGGUUACAUGGAACGUUGACUAUUAAUACUAAGAGACUUGUUUCUCCAUAUGACAUAUACCAAACCAUGUCUGAUUUAGUUCAUGGAGUGGCAUUCAAAAGACAAACAAUGAGAUCGGUGGAAAAACAUAUUGUAAGAAGGAAUAUUUUCAUUCAGAUUCCAGAAGAUCGAACUUGUGCUGAUGCUGGCACUGAAGGAAUAUACUGCACUUGUCAAGAUAAAUUGAACGUGUCUACCACCGCAGAACACGUGGAAUCUAUGGCGGAGUUCCUCGUUAGUGAAGUUAAUAAGAUUUUGUCACAAAAUCAAGAUGUCUGUUUUAGAUUAUCCCUCCAUAUUGUGAACGAAGCAUCGGUGUCAUUUUCGAAUAGCGAUGAAGAUACCCAAGGUAGAAUACCAAAUGUAAAUGCACAAAAACCCGGAUUUUUAAGUUCACUAUUUUCCAGCACGAAACCGGACACCACUGGUCGUUAUUUUAUUUUGUUCCAUACGAUUCCUGGGUACGCUUAUUUCGAAGGAACUGUUGACUUUUUACAGUAUGGACCUGAUGGGAAUAAAAAUCAAAUGACAAUGAUUGGUGAACCAUCCCGACUAGACAGGUAUGGUAACCAAUCAUAUUGCGUGCAGGAUAUCAACUUAAAACCAUACUGCUAUUGUAAGAAUUACAAAAAAGUAUCAUGAUUCAAAAUACAUGUCUGAAUUAUUCAUUUUUUUAUAUAUUCAUAUAUUAUGAAUUAUAGUGAAUACUAUUAAUACUAAAAAUGGAAAUUUUUGAUAGACACUGUAAGUGAAGAAGUGGUUUUUAAAUAGGAACAAAUGUGAUGCAUUUGUGACAUUUGAUUUCACCUUAUAUUCGUAUUCAUUCAAAGUUACUGAAUCUGGAAAACCAAGAAGUCAAUGUUGCUUCUAGACGACUCAUAAACUCUGAACAAGUCACAGCAAGUUGAUAUGGAAGAGUUCAGCUAUAAAUGAGUAUUUUAACUAGACAGUAUUAUGUUUUUUUUCUUUUAACACAUUUCAUUUUCAGGUUAUAGAAAUAUGCUCAAUUAUUUUUAA